UGAACUCACUUGCUCUGUCCACACCACCCCCAGCUCCUCUGCUGUUGGAUGGCCUGAAUCCAGCAACUGUCCUCAUGCCACUCCACGCCUCUAUCAUGCUGUUCUGCUGGAGUUUGCGCUCCUGUAAUUGUCCUUAGCCUUCCUGAUCUUGCCCUUCAAUAACACCUGAACCAUUCACACCUCCUCUCUGCUGUUGGACCAAUCUCCUGGUUAAUGUCUGAAACUUUUGGCUGAAGAAAAAGCACGUCACUGUUUGACCGCGCUGUACUUCCGAGAAGGGGACGCAACCCACAUUAAAACAAACAGAAACCCCAAAUAACCUUCCAGGACAGGACUGGCAGCGACCACCACUGUGAUUCAGACGUAAGUUGUUUUAUUCUACAGAGGGCUCUUGGAUUUUUUUUAAACCUGUCAGAUCCUGUCAUGGCUAUCACUGCAGUCCUUCUGCUGAGCAGUCUUGGCUUUUUUGCAGUUACUGCUCAAGCUCAAGACUGUUCCAGACCUGUUGGAGACAACAUGGAUUUAAAGGGCAAUGACAUUCUUCUAACUAGUUUCCCAGAUGGGACCACAGUUACUUUUGCCUGUAAUAUUGGAUAUGAGUCUGCAGGAGGUUCCCCACGUAUUACUUGUACUGCUGGAAGUUGGAGCUCUCUGGGGUUGAAAUGCCAAAGGAAGAACUGUUUCUCUGUGGAAGACGUUCAAGAUGGACAGAUUGAAUAUCAUCCUGGGACUGAAUUUGGUGAUAAAGCAGUGCUCAUUUGUAACCCUGGUUACAUGUCACUUGGUGGAGGAGAACUCACUUGUGGAAGCCAAGGGUGGAUGGGCAGGUUGCCUGUAUGUGAAGCUCCAGGCUGUUCCAGACCUGUUGGAGACAACAUGGAUUUAAAGGGCAAUGACAUUCUUCGAACUAGUUUCCCAGAUGGGACCACAGUUACUUUUGCCUGUAACACUGGAUAUGAGUCUGCAGGAGGGUCCCCACGUAUUACUUGUACUGCUGGAAGUUGGAGCUCUCUGGGGUUGAAAUGCCAAAGGAAGAACUGUUUCUCUGUGGAGGAAGUUGAAAAUGGACAGAUUGAAUAUCGUCCUGGGAAAGAAUUUGGUGAUAAAGCAGUGCUCAUUUGUAACCCUGGUCAUAUGCCAGUUGGUGGAGGAGAACUCACUUGUGGAAGCCAAGGGUGGAUGGGCAGGUUGCCUGUAUGUGAAGUGACACAAUGUCACUCACCCCCUGUAGUAGAGUAUGGCUCUUUCAGUCCAAAUAAAGAUAUCUAUGAAUAUAAUGAAGUUUUACAGUACACCUGUAAAAAGGAUUAUACACUUAUUGGAUCAAGAGAGUUGCAUUGUUCAGAUGAUGGAACAUUCAAGCCUGAGCCUCCAAGAUGUAUCAAGGUUGAAUGUGGAGAUCCAGAGAUUCCAUUUGGUCAAGGUCAUUUUGGAUAACUGUGUUGAUAGCCAGUUUCCUUUUUGUUUCCUACAAGUUGAAUAUGAAGAGUCCAAAUGAUGAAUGGAAUGAGGAUUCUUAACCUCUGAAGAGAUAGUUGCCGUCAGCAAUGUUAAAGUGUGAACCUGGAUACAUAAUCAAUGCAAACAUUACCAUGACAUAAAAAGUUACUGGUCACCUGGACUUCCUUAAUGUACACGCAUGUUAUGAAUUAAAAUUGCUUAAGUAUAUGUAGCUUCACUUCUCAAUUGUUGUUAAAAUGUGUAUUAAAUACCUCAGGAGUUUGCUAGCAUAAUAUAGAGAUAAUUUUGGACAAUUGUAGUAAUUUCCAUUCUGUGAAUGUGAAAAUCCUGUGAUUCGAUAUGACUGAAUAAUGGUUCUCCUCCUGUCUGUGGCCUUAUUUCAGGGAAGAUCUGGAUAAGUUAAGAAAGGCCCGUGUACCCAGAUAUAUGAUAUGAUAUAAAUGGUUUGGCUACGUGAAGUGUCACAAAAGUCAUUAUAUUUUGUUUUAAUUUGAUUUCACAUUGCUGCAUGUGAAUGAUCAUAUAAUGUUCACUUUUAUGUUUAGAAAACACUAUUUGAUAAACAGUUUACACAAGGUUUUGAACAUUUCUUUUUGCUUAUAAUCACCUGGUUCCACGUUAAUAUGAAAUCACUCUUUUUUUAAGUCUCAGUUUUAAACUUCAGUAUAAAUCCAUUAAAUACAUUUGAAUCUCUGCGUGCUUGCCAAGUAAUUGUGAACAGGGGGCAUGUGGAGGUCAUACAAAAAUAACCUGACAUGUGAAGGACAAGUUUAAAAAACUGUUGGGAGUAUUAAGUUAAUUUGUAAGUUUAAA